CGACAACAUAAUGCGCAACAGUUGCGUCUCAAUAAGGAAAGAAAGUAGAGAUGCUUGAAGUAGAAAUCCAUUGAGCCGUCGUCGUACAUAUUUGACCGAUAACAAACCAAAUGGUAUCUUCACGGUGUUUAGUUUCUUUCUCGUGUGUACUACUUUAAGAAAGAUCUAACGCAAUGUGAACGAAAAAAAGAAAAAAAAAACAAAUAAAGGAAUUUUAAAUAAACUUUAAUUUAAAAAACUUGUUCGCAUCGAAGUGAUCAAAUGAAAUUAAAACGAAGAUGCAACGAUGAACGUGUGCAACAAAAUAUCGAUUUCUCUUAUUGAAUAUCGUAAAAUGAAAUUGUUGAUUAAGGAAAAAACGAUAAGAAUAAAAUUACAUUUUUAAGGUAUUUUUAAUCAGGAUGACGGAAAAACGUCUAUCGUUGGGUAUCAACGUUAGUAUUCUACUGAUUCUCACGAUAUUUGGUAUUUUAUUGUCUUUACCAUUGAAAUUACUUUUGAAUACGAAUUACGAUGUUCAAAGUCAUGAAAAUCAAAGUGAAAACGAUACCGGUACAUUGUCAAACGUUAAUAAGAACAAAGAGAUAUUAGAAUUGUUAAUCGAUUAUCGUAAAUUGAAAUUAUGCAGAAGACAUGGUUACAAAGAUCGGAUAAGAUCGAUCUUUUACAGCGAUUACGAUGAGAAUUGCACGUACAUGAAAGUCCUUACGAAAAAGAAGGAAGAAAUUAAUCUCGAUUCGUUCGAGCAAGUCAACAACAACAACAACGAGUUGGUGCUAAAGGUGGAUAAGAAAAUAGAAAAGGAAGUGAAAAAGGUUGAAGAGAAGAAGGUGAAAGUGGAGAAAAACGAAGAAGAGGAGUCUCAAGAAUCGAAGGAAAUCGUUGUUGCAGGACACAUCCUCGUGACGAUGCUUCUCGUUUCAGCAAUUGCAGCUUUGGUCGAAGUAUUACGAAUUAGAUUUUCCACAGACAAGAAUAAGGAUACUUCUUCGUCGAGAGGUAACAUCCCUUCAAGAAAAAGCUCAACCGUUGAUCUACCGAUUCAAAGGCGCUUCUUACCAAGAGAACCAAUGAAGAGUCAAAAAUCCUUCGAAUUGUUAGGAAUGCAUAAAUCUUCUUUGCGUCUCUUGGGUGAGCGACCAGCCCCGCUUAUUCGACGUUCUUCCUUCCCAACUCAACAGGCUAACAAUAAACGAUCAGGUCCAUCGGCCACUGGCACGCCAAAUAUACGAAUGUCACGACGUCAAUCGGCUGAGUCCGAGGAAGAAAUCGGAGUACUUAUCACCGCUCUUCAUCAUCGUACACGUUUGAUCCGUCGCCAUUAAGGUAAAGUGCAUUCAAAGGAUGCAAUGGAAUUCAACGUCCAUCUUAUCUCGACGUAUAUCGAUCGAUCGACCGAACGAACGAACGAACGAACGAACGAAAGAAUCUUCUCUCUUCUUCCUAAGAAUCUCAUCGUUUGAAAAAGUUCGAUCCUCGAUAUUCCAUCUUAUGAGCAGCUUAUUCUUCAUUUAUUUUUUAAUACUUUAACAGGUCUUUUAUGCACGAUGCACACAACGAGAUCACUAUCUCUCCAGGAACUUUUAUCAAAUCCAACCUACAUAUAUAAAUAUAUAAAAAAUAUAUUUAAAUACAUACAUGCACAUAUUCAUAAACGUUUUGAACGUCAUUAAGGCUCAUCAUGCAUGGAGAGGAUAACACUUUUACGAGAAAUUCAUUAUUUCUUAUUGGUAUGAAUCUGACUGCUGUUACCAUGUAAAACCUUUGUAUGUCAUCUGUAUCAAACGGAGAAAUGACUUCUUUAUUACGUCCAUAUUUUUACUACAAAAAUGGAAUAUGUACUAAAAAAAAAAAAAAAAUUGUUUUCAAUCUUCGCAACAACUAUGCAAGAUCAAUUUAUUAAUGCGUGUAUGUUUAGAAAUCUACAAUUUGUUAUAUUUCAUUUGAUUUCAUUUGAUUUCAUUACUAAUGAUGAUCUUACGUUUUUAGAAGGCACAAACUACUUAUGAUUAGAUUCAAUAAAACAUCUCAAUGAAAUUGAACGACAAGAAACGAAUUGUAUGAGUUCUUUUAUACAUUCUAUUUAUGUAUAAGAAGAACCAAUGAAUGAGAUAGAGAAAUGAAAAGAAAAAAGAAAAAAUGGUAUAUAUUUUCGAGAACUAACGAGUUAGGAAAUAUUUUGGUAAUAAUAAAAGUAAAAAGAGAAAAAAAAUAAA